AUGGAUACCCUGCUGACACAACUCGAUGCGCUGGUCCUCAAGCCCGAACUCGCCCCCCUCCUCUCCCUAGUCAAAGGUGCACGCAAUGGAAUCGUCUACGGAUCGAAAGUGCGCUUUCCACAUGCACUGGUAAUGAUAUUCUUAUUCAGAUCCGGAACUAUACGCGAAAAGACCAAGCUCGUUUUCAAAGCUACCCGCCAACAUGCGCGCAAUCUCUCCACCUUCGCGAUAAUCUGGAAAGCAUCCAUGAUCCUCCUCCGGAAUGUCCCUGGUGGAACCGGGAAGGAGGGCCGAUAUGACAGUUUCUUCGCUGGCCUGCUGGGCGGGUAUGCGGUGUUCGGUCGACAGCCUGGCAGUAUUAGCAAGCAGAUUGUCAUUUAUAUUUUCGCGCGUGUGAUGCUUGCGCUGGCCAAAAUGGCCAUUCAGCCGAAUAUGCACCCUCUUUCAUCGAUCAUUACGCCUGAGGCGCGGGACAAGAUGACGAAUAAUGCGUACCCAGUCUUUGCUAGUGUGACUUGGGCGAUGGUGAUGUAUAUUUGGAGGUGGUACCCGGAGACUUUGGCUUCGAGUUUGAGAAGUAGUAUGGUGUACAUGUAUGUUGUUCUGGAGGUUAUUUGGGGAUAUCCUGCUGACAUUGAUUUAGUUAUGGCGACUCGGAUAAUUGGGAUUCCUUGCGCACGCUUCUGUUGCAUAACAAAUGAGGGAGUUCUUUUCUUUUUUUCGGCGUAUAGAGCGGUCAUGAUUGGUGUUUUUCAGAUUCGAUGUGCAUCGUUCCAGGCCCAGCUCGUUUUUGGUUUGCACUGUAUUAUGAGGUAUGGGCUUUUGUAUUUACUUUUCUAUUACAAUAUAUAUACACAGACGAUAUUGUCUAGGGUUGGGCAGAAACAUUCACAUUAA